UCCGGGUGUUUUUCCUCAGCUGGACUCUGACAGCAAACAACAAACGCUGCUUUUUCUUUUACACCUUACAUUUUUUUUUCAACCAACAUGAAUCGUAUAUUCGGUAAAGCAUCCAAAGUUCCGCCACCGAACCUGACGGACUGUAUUGGAAACGUUGAUUCUCGGACAGAGUCCGUUGACAAGAAAAUCGCCAGACUAGAUGCUGAGCUUAUGAAGUACAAGGAACAGAUGAAAAAGAUGAGAGACGGGCCUUCGAAGAACAUGGUCAAGCAAAAGGCGAUGAGAAUUCUGAAGCAGAAGAGAAUGUACGAGGGCCAGAGAGAUAAUCUCAUGCAGCAGUCGUUCAACAUGGAACAAGCAAACUACACAAUCCAAACCCUUAAAGACACUAAAACCACAGUUGACGCCAUGAAGAUCGGCCUUAAAGACAUGAAGAAGGCAUACAAGAACGUGAAAAUUGACAAGAUUGAGGACCUCCAAGACCAGAUGGAGGACAUGAUGGAGGACGCCAACGACAUCCAGGAGGCGCUGGGCAGAAGCUACGGCACACCUGACAUCGAUGAAGACGACUUGGAAGCAGAGCUGGGUGCUCUGGGAGACGAGCUCCUGUUGGACGACGACAGCUCCUACCUGGACGAGGCCUCGUCUGCUCCCUCCAUCCCAGAAGGCCUGCCCGGCGACAAGUCAAACAGGGAUGGUGUCCUGGUGGACGAGUUUGGGCUUCCUCAGAUUCCUGCCUAACGGUGCAAUCAGAACACACGACACGCUAGUUUUAUAUGCAUCAUAGGCUUUGUUUUUGUAUUUAUCCGGCUAACACUCCUGGCCUCAGAGGGCAGCAAUGAAACCAAAGCUUCUUCUGUCCAGUGAUAAACUGUAACUCAUAAUCAGGCAUCUUUAAUUAAAGGUUUUGAUUAUUAUUCUUUAUGUUGUGGUGAUUGUUGGAAUUGGGAUUCUCUUAACUUUGUACAGUUUCUGCAGCACUGAGCUGCAAAAAAAACAACAAAAUAAAUUAUAUUUUUCAAACAAUA